AGCUUUUGAUCAGACUCUGCAGCGCAGUUGGGUAACAGAAAAUCGAAGGUCAAAUUUCCCGCCAUAGUGCGCGCGCCUCCUCGGUUUUUGGUUGUGACGUGCGUGUCGAUCGACUGGUCAUGUGGCGUUGGGGAAGAUACAGAGUGCUGAUUUUAGCAGCUCUCUAGCUAGCAAGUGGAUUACCAGUAGCCCGAGCUCCUGGGCUGCUCACGCAGGAACCGAAGAAGAGCUGCAAACCUACAGAAUGGUCAGGAACUUGACUGAAUAAGCAGCGAGGUAAAGCUAUCCGUUCACCAGCUGAGAAAAACAAACUAUUCUCGGCCUCUUGAAAACUGUCUCCUCAUGCAGACUCUGAGAAGACAAGCUGAUGUUGACUGCUAGGGACAACACCCCACUCCUGCACAGGCCUUACCUGGCCACCAACAAGCGACCGCCGUGGUACAAGGACAAGUUCUUCUACCUCAACCUGGUCCGACGGAGCCUGGCCGAGUUCCUGGGGACAGGGCUGUUUGUGUUCACGGCCGUAUCUGCACUGAGUGGAGCUGAGGAUAGGGAGUCAGUUGCUAUUGCUGCAGGGUUGGCCCAAGGUCUGUGCUAUGGGGCUCUUGUGGCAGCUAUGAUGCACGUCAGUGGUGGUCAUUUCAACCCAGCAGUGACACUCGGGGUGUUGCUGGCCGGAGGAAUCAACGUGGUCGCCAGUCUCUGCUACUUCCUGGCCCAAUUAGUCGGAGGAAUUGUGGGGGCCGCCUGCGUUCUGGCCUAUGAUACUGGGAGCAACAGCAGUGCCCUGGAAUACGGAGUCACCCGACUGAACUCCAACCUCAGUCCAAUGCAGGGCAUUCUGGUGGAGCUACUCCUCACCUUCCUCCUGGUGACAGUCUUUCUCCAUACCACCAUGGAGAAGACCGAGAUGAGACCGGUGGCCCCUGUGCUGAUUGGACUGGCUCUUACCGCUGCUGUCAUCUCCAGUCACUCCCUCACCGGAGGCUCGCUCAACCCGGCUCGGAGCCUCGGGCCUGCCACCGUGGCCUCCCGGGACCACCACAACCCAUGGAGACACCACUACGUGUACUGGGUGGGUCCGUUGAUAGGAGGGUUCUUGUCGGGGGCCUUCUAUCGUCUCAUCCUCUCCUCACACCCUCUCAUACCCAUUACUGAGCCAGAGACUGUUCGCACUACUGGUUAGCAUGUCACCACACACACACACUCACACAAAUUCGUGACCAUAACCCACAAAUUUUUUCUCCCUCCAGGACACACACAUUUUUCACCCAUAGACUGAUUUUUGUACAGACACACAAAUUUUGAUCAAAAAUUUUUUCUCCCUCGACAAACAUUUUUCACCCAUACACACAAAUUUGUGCCCAUGAACCACAAAUUUUCUCACUCGGGAGGACACACUCAUUUCUCACCAACAGACUGAUUCUUGUAACGCACGCACACACAAAUGCAAUUUUAAUUCAGUCACACGGAGUUCUAUCAUUUGUGUACCUGGCCAAAACCCACUGCCGUGUAUGACAACGGGUGCCCACCAGAAUGCACAUCUAACUGUAAUCCGACCAUCUUUGUUCGCAACGCAUUCCCCAUCUCAUCAUUAACAGCCCGCAUUUGGUCCACUAUUUACACUGUCUUUACCUUGUCGUAUCUGAUGUCAUAAUAAUAUUAUGUGUGCCUACGCAACACAAACAUACACACGUGUUGGCAUAAACAUAAACUCAGUCGGUGUGUUAUAGAUAUCUAUGUAUAUAUGAUAUACCUGUAGAAAGCUCGGAGCUUUAAAAAUAUAUAAAACGGUAUAUAGGAGUAGGGCUGUCUUAGUUCCACCAUGAGACCAGCUCUGUUUGCAUCAUGCUUUGGGUUGUGACGCACUCUGUGUGACCGUUGUAGAGCCGGCCCUCGUUAAAAACAAAGUCCAGGGGGUGAGAGUGAGGUCCUCGUUUCGACAUGUCCAGCAUGUUUCGUCGGAACUCAAGUAUCUCCCCCGGCGGCUUCAUUACGGGGCCGUCCCUGCAAUAAAUGUGGCAGACGACCAAGUCCGGUGCCUCCUGCAGGAGCAUUGCUACAGAGCCCCGGGUGACCGAUCGCACAGCGAGGUAGAUACGUGUCAGCGGAGCCCGUACUAGGGCCUGGGUCAGUGCGUCUGUGAUGUUGACUCGAGGACAGCAAAGGGAGAGGUUUUGAAUGGCACUGUCUUUCACAUCCAGUGGAAGACCGAAACAAAACUCCAUGCUAACGCUCAAGUUCCGCAAGUAUUUGCAGUUGCGGACGGCAGUCUCGAGCAGAAUGUUGCACACUGUGGGGGAGACCCCUCUAAUAUGGAGGGUGCUGAGGGACUCCAUGUGUCUCACCAGCCUCACUAGGUGCCCGUCCAUGUUCCGGCAGUGUGGACACACUAUUGACUUGCACUGUGUGAGACCGGUCUGGAUUUCAAGAGUCUGAAUGUGUGCCAUCGUCUUGAGAGAUUCCUCGAUCUCGUUUUCAUCGCUCACAGAGUACUGUUCCCCGGUGAACUCGUCUGCUUCCUGAGAGGCUUGUAGGAGGCAGGGGUCGAUGGCUAGGUGCCUGAGCCCGACCAUUUGAGAGAGACACAGCCACAUUUCGCUCGUUCUCUCCACGUAAUUACAGGGAAUGUUCUGGAGAUUGAGAGCUCUGAGUCGCGGGCAGUUUGACGCGAGGGUAGCCAGCCCAGAGAGGGGGUUGAGGCACUUCUUGCAGCCAGAGAGGUUCAGCUGUGUCAGAUUCUUGCAGAGGAGGGCGAGCAUCUCGAGAGAGACAGAGUCCAGAACUGUGGCCUCUGUGAGGCUGAGGCAGGUGAGGUGGGCUGUUGCUGACUUGAAAAUCACAAAUUUCGUCUCGGUCUCUGAGAGAACAAACUCUGGACUGGAGAUGAAUCGACCGGAUAAGAAUCGUUCGUUGUCGUCGUCUUUGUCCGAUUCUCUGGUGCUGAGGCUGAUCAUCCCGUGCAAGCUGCUCGCUGGGUCGCUGCCCAUCUCUGGGUGUGUGUACGAGAGAGCCGUGGAGAGGGAGAGGGGGAGAGCCGUCGAGGUUCAGCUCUAACAGGGGAACGUUGCUCAAGCCCAGUCGAGACCUCUGCCAGGUGACGCGAAACUGACAGGCGUCUUCGCAGGGAGGAAAAUUCUCCAUGCACUCUUUCCAGAGGUCCUGCAGGGAGCUGUAGCGAGACUGCAUGCUCUCUGCUGGCUGGGCCGCCUUGGUUUGCAUGGUCGUCACGCACACGUCGAGGGGGCGGUAUUUCUGGCAGGCCCACUGUCUCAAGAGAAACUCGAUGAAGUUUUCGUCCCACUGGGUGAGGAGGGUGAGGCUGGAGAGGUGCUCCACGGCCCCGAGGAAGUCUGCCACUCCAAGGCCCUGCACAUUACGUGCGUGCAGUGGCCAAGGCCGCAAGCGGUGUUGACUGGCUGAAAUUCGAGGCGCUCGAGACACGGCAGCGCUCGUACGAUGCUGGCCAUGUUGGUAACGUAGCAAGCCGACUGGCCUAGUCGGAGGCUCUUGAGGUUCGUGCAGGUGCACAGGUCCUUUGCGAGCCCCACGAGGUUGAACGUGCCGUCGAUGCUCAUCUCCUCCACGGCCGAACCGCGUCCGUCGCCUAGCAUCCCACCCAGCCUGGCGUAAUCAGAGCGCUCGAACCCGUCCAUGGACAAGGUUCUCCAGAGCUGCGGGCUGUCCAGCGCCCGUCGGAGACUCCGGCACACUCUCCGCAGUCGGUGCCGCUGCCGCACGGGCAGGUACCCGCACACCCGGACGAGUAACUCGGGAGGCAGCGCGUCCACAAAGUUCUCCGCCCCAUCUCUGCCCAAUGUCGGCAGAGCACCCUCAGGCGCUGCUAGCAGGUCGCUCGCCAUCUGCCAACAGCGGAGCAAACCCCGUCCCGGUGCCUCGUCCGAUCACCCAGCACAAAACAACCUCCGAAAAUGGUAAACACAAACUCAUUUGGACUCGAUCAGCCCC